GGAACGGAAGCGCAGCGUGCGCCGCUUCCUGUGUUGCUGGCGGCCUGAAGGGGUGGGCGUCGGCGCUGUGAUGUUGCCCUACACCGUAAACUUCAAGGUGUCUGCGCGCACCAUCACGGGGGCUCUCAGCGCCCACAACAGGACGGCGGUGGACUGGGGCUGGCAAGGCCUCAUUGCCUAUGGAUGUCACUCCCUCGUGCUAGUCAUUGAUGCCACUACAGCCCAGACUCUUCAAGUUUUAGAAAAGCAUAAAGCUGAUGUUGUCAAGGUUAAAUGGGCCCGGGAGAACUAUCACCACAGCCUUGGCUCCCCCUAUUGCCUGCGCCUGGCUUCUGCUGACACCACGGGGAAGAUGAUCGUGUGGGACGUGGCGGCGGGCAUAGUGCAGUGUGAGAUCCAGGAGCACGCCAAGCCUGUUCAGGAUGUGCAGUGGUUGUGGAGUCAGGACGCUUCCCGGGACUUGCUGCUCGCCGUCCACCCGCCCAACUACAUCGUGCUCUGGAAUGCGGACACCGGCACCAAACUCUGGAAGAAGAGCUAUGCUGACAACAUCCUUUCUUUCUCGUUUGACCCUUUUGAUCCUUCACAUUUGACUUUGCUCACCAGCGAGGGUAUCGUGUUCAUCUCCGACUUCUCUCCGUCCAAGCCUCCCUCGGGCCCCGGGAAGAAGGUCUACAUCUCCAGCCCGCACUCCAGCCCGGCGCACAGCAAGCUGGCGGCAGCCACGGGCGCCAGGAAGGCUCUGAACAAAGUGAAAAUUUUGAUCACUCAGGAAAAACCUAGUGCGGAAUUCGUCGCUCUCAAUGAUUGCCUUCAACUGGCGUAUCUGCCUUCGAAAAGGAACCACAUGUUGUUACUGUAUCCUCGAGAGAUCUUAAUCCUGGACCUGGAGGUGAAUCAGACAGUGGGUGUGAUUGCAAUAGAGCGAACAGGAGUUCCGUUUCUGCAGGUAAUACCCUGCUUUCAGCGUGAUGGUUUAUUUUGCUUGCAUGAAAAUGGUUGUAUAACUCUACGUGUUCGGAGAUCUUACAAUAGCAUUUUCACCUCUUCAAAUGAGGAACCAGACCCAGAUCCUGUUCAGGAGCUCACCUACGACUUACGAAGCCAGUGUGACGCCAUCAGGGUGACAAAGACUGUGCGUCCCUUCAGCAUGGUGUGCUGCCCUGUCAAUGAGAAUGCCGCAGCCCUGGUCGUGAGUGACGGCAGGAUCAUGAUAUGGGAGCUCAAGGCAGCGGCUUGUAGUAGAAACUCACGGGGCAGUAGCUCCGGUGCAUCCCCUUUGUAUUCACCAGUGUCUUUCUGUGGAAUCCCUGUAGGAGCGCUACAGAGCAAACUCCCAGACCUGUCCUUAGAUAACAUGAUUGGGCAAAGUGCAAUUGCUGGGGAAGAACAUCCCAAAGGCUCCGUGCUGCAGGAGGUGCACCUCAAAUUCCUGCUAACAGGGCUGCUUUCGGGGCUGCCCUCCCCGCAGUUCGCUAUCCGGAUGUGCCCGCCACUGACCACCAAAAACAUCAAGAUGUAUCAGCCGCUGCUUGCCGUGGGUACGAGUAGCGGGUCCGUGCUGGUGUACCACCUGACCAGUGGGCUGCUGCACAGGGAGCUGAGCGUGCACUCCUGUGAAGUCAAGGGUAUUGAAUGGACAAGUUUGACUGGUUUUCUCUCUUUUGCUACCUCAACACCAAACAACGUGGGGUUAGUGAGGAAUGAAGUUCAACUGGUUGACCUCCCAACAGGCAGGAGCAUUGCCUUCCGUGGUGACCGAGGCAACGAUGAGUCUCCCAUGGAAAUGAUCAAGGUGUCACAUUUGAAGCAGUAUUUGGCGAUUGUAUUCAAAGAUAAGCCGCUGGAGUUAUGGGAUGUUAGGACUUGCACCCUUCUUAGAGAAAUGUCCAAAAAUUUCCCUUCAAUAACUGCUUUGGAGUGGUCACCAUCCCACAACUUGAAGAGCCUGAAGAAGAAACAGCUUGCCACCCGGGAGGCCAUGGCCCGCCAGACCGUGGUCUCUGACGCAGAGCUGAGCGUCGUGGAGUCAUCCGUGAUCAGCUUGUUGCAGGAGGCAGAGAGUAAAUCUGAACUGACUCAGAACAUCUCUGCCCGGGAACACUUUGUGUUUACCGACAAUGAUGGCCAAGUUUAUCAUCUCACUGUUGAAGGAAACUCUGUCAAAGAUAGUGCUCGUAUUCCACCGGACGGAAGUAUGGGAAGCAUCACCUGCAUUGCCUGGAAAGGCGACACGCUGGUUCUGGGAGACAUGGAUGGAAAUUUAAACUUCUGGGACUUGAAGGGCAGAGUCUCCAGAGGGAUACCUACACAUCGAAGCUGGGUGAGGAAGAUUCGUUUUGCUCCUGGCAAAGGAAACCAGAAGUUAAUAGCAAUGUACAACGACGGUGCUGAAGUGUGGGAUACUAAAGAGGUCCAGAUGGUGAGCAGUUUAAGAAGCGGAAGAAACGUGACCUUCAGGAUAUUGGAUGUGGACUGGUGCACGUCAGACAAGGUGAUUCUGGCGUCGGAUGACGGGUGCAUCCGAGUCCUGGAGAUGUCCAUGAAGUCCACGUGCUCCAGGGUGGAUCAGCAGGAGCUCACGGAGCCUGUGUGGUGUCCACACCUGCUCGCCCCCAGGGCCUCCCUUGCCCUGAAAGCCUUCCUGCUACACCAGCCUUGGAAUGGACAAUAUUCCUUGGACAUUUCUCACGUUGAUUACCCGGAAAAUGAAGAAAUAAAGACUCUUCUUCAAGAGCAAUUGAAUUCAUUGUCUAAUGACAUAAAGAAACUCCUGCUUGACCCGGAAUUUACCCUGCUGCAGAGGUGCCUGCUCGUGUCGAGGCUGUAUGGGGAUGAGUCAGAGCUGCACUUCUGGACGGUGGCUGCCCACUACCUGCACAGCCUGGGCCACGACAAGCCUGCGAGCAUGGCAGCCACAAAGGAUGCCACUCCUCCGGACAAGCUGAACAACCCUCUAGAUAUAUGUUACGACAUACUCUGUGAAAACACCUAUUUUCAGAAAUUUCAGCUGGAAAGGGUUAAUCUGCAGGAAGUGAAAAGGUCGACUUACGAUCACACACGGAAAUGCACAGACCAGCUGCUGCUCCUGGGUCAAACAGACAGAGCCGUGCAGCUGCUGCUGGAGACCAGUGCCGACAACCAGCACUAUUACUGCGACUCCCUGAAGGCCUGCUUGGUCACCACCGUCACCUCGUCGGGCCCCUCUCAGAGCACCAUCAAGCUGGUGGCAACUAACAUGAUUGCCAAUGGCAAGCUGGCAGAGGGUGUUCAGUUGCUCUGCCUGAUAGACAAGGCUGCGGAUGCCUGCCGCUACCUGCAGACGUAUGGCGAGUGGAACCGCGCAGCGUGGCUCGCAAAAGUCCGCCUGAGUUCUGAAGAGUGUGCUGAUGUCCUCAAGCGCUGGGUGGACCACCUGAGCUCCCCGCAAGUCAACCAGAAGUCCAAGGCCCUGCUGGUCCUGCUCUCCCUGGGCUGCUUCUCCAGCGUGGCGGAGACUCUUCACAGCAUGAGGUACUUCGACAGAGCAGCCCUGUUUGUGCAAGCUUGUCAGGAGUAUGGCGCCUUGGAAGUCAGCGAGGACACGAAGAAGCUCAGCGCCGCCGUCUACGCGGAUUAUGCCCGAAGUUUGAAGAACCUUGGUUUCCAGCAGGGAGCAGUUCUCUUUGCAUCUAAAGCUGGAGCAGCUGGCAGAGAGCUGCUGAAUGAGCUGGAGCGCUCUGCACAGGAGUGAGUCGGCGGUCGGAGGCAGGCUGGGAGUGCACGCAGGUGU